AUGCUGCUGCAGGAUGGUGUGAAGUGCGUCGAGUUCCCGAGUUUAUACGAACAUCGCUAUCUCCGUACGACUGAUACUAUGGAAAUUCCCGAAAGGUUAGAUCUGUUGAAACUUCAACGAAUCACUCACUCCCGUGAAUCGUCGGAUCCCCGCGACAAGAUCUAUGCGUUGCAAAGCGUAGAUGACGUCGGCGACAUCAUUGUCACGGUGGACUAUACCAAAACAGUCGAGGCCGUGUAUGCAGACUUCGCCGUCCGGUGUCUCGAGACUCAACAGUCUCUUGAGAUACUCACUUACGCUGGAAUCGGCUGCGCGCUCCUCUCACGGACGGAUGCGCUCGAUACGCCAUCUUGGGUCCCUGACUUCAGGGCGUCGGCAUUCCAAAGCGGACAUUUCUACCAGGGAAUGACCGGAGCAGAUAGCCGGGAGACUGCCAGUUGUAAUCUGCAUGCAAAUGGACGUUACCUGCACUGCACUGGCAUUCUGUACGAUGUUCUGACGGCACCCACGGCACUCAACAUACGCGAUUGCUUCGAGACCGGCUCUCGAACGAAUUCAGCGAGCAACAGUUCUUUGCGAGAUCAAUGUCCGCCUGCAUCUUAUCCAACGGGAGUUUCGAGGAUUGAAGCUUUUUUUAGGACCACCGUUUCUGAUGAUGGCUUGGUUGGUGUUCCGUUAGAAAGCGAACACUGCAGCUUCGUCGACAGUGCCUUUGGUUUCAUGUACCUGUACGGUACACAAGCGCUUGGUGGGCUUUUUGACGACUCGCGGAACAUUGACAGCAUCUUGCACUCAUUCGAAUCCAAUAGGGAGAUUAGAUCGUAUGCGAUAUGUUUCAACUCGUGGGUGGACAAGCUACGCUCCUUGGUGCCAGAGCCGAGACCGUCCUGCGACGAGUUUCAUGCGCUGGAAGAUCCGCAAAACACUAGACGGUCAAACAGGACUAAAAUCCCAUGGCCGGCCUCUUAUACUUUGCACGAUCUAGAUGACCCCACAGGCUGGGCGCAUAUCCUACAAUAUGCUCGGCAAGCCGCGGGCAGAACUGAUAAUCGUUCUUUCUUCGCCUCCUCAAAGGGCUACAUGGGUCUCGGCCCACUCCAUGCUCGAGAAGGAGACCAGCUCUGCAUUAUCUUUGGCUGCUCGAUGCCAUGA